UCUAUUAGGCAAACCAAAGAAUUGCAAUGUCUUGGGACUGGAAUUCAUAGAAUUUCAAUUCUACAAGAAUACAAUUCCAACUCCAUAGCUUCUAAGGCAAAUGUAAUUAAAACCGGUUCAUUUAUUCAGCAGAGUUACACACAGAAAGUGUGCGCUCGGCAACGAUGAUUAGCAAAAUAAGGUUGAUCGGACGGCCACUUUCGGCAGCGGUUCUGGCGCAGCCACAGCUGCCGACGUAUUCCAAUUGUUACUCCACAUUAGUGUCCCCGUCAGCGACAACCGCAUCAUCAUCUGCUGCUGCUAUUGAAGCUGAGAGAAGCAUAAGGGAUGGACCUAGAAACGAUUGGUCUCGGGAUGAAAUUAAAUCCAUCUACGAUUCUCCUCUUCUCGAUCUCCUCUUUCAUGGCGCUCAAGUUCAUAGACAUGCUCAAAACUUUAGAGAAGUGCAGCAGUGUACUCUUUUGUCUAUAAAGACCGGAGGCUGCAGUGAAGAUUGCUCAUAUUGCCCUCAAUCAUCUAGAUAUGAUACUGGACUCAAAGCUCAGAAGCUUAUGAACAAGGAUGCUGUUUUGGAGGCAGCUACAAAGGUCCAUAAAUGA